AUGGAGGCGAUGCAAUCUAUCCUGGAGUGUAACCCAACUGCUGUCGAACUUAUAGACAAAACAAUCCUUGAUAUGGCGCGGCGUUCAUUGGAAUUUUCACGGCUUACCACUUUUAUACAAGGCGACCCUGCUGCGUUGCUUGCUGUUGAAUUUUACGGUGAGACACAAGCGGAAUUGGAGUCGCAGUUAGAUAGGCUUGAAAAGACGCUGAAAAGUAGUGGUUUCGGCUAUGCAUUGGUACGCUGUUUCACCGCUGAGGAGAAGUCACGCGUCUGGGAGACCCGGAAAGCGGGGCUUGGCUUGUUGAUGGGUAUGAAGGGUGAUGCGAAACCGGUUGGUUUCGUCGAAGAUGCCGCGGUGCCGAUAGAGAAUUUACCGGAAUACGUCCGCCGAUUUGACGAGAUUGUCACAUCAUACGAUACAACUGCUGCCUACUACGCGCAUGCAAGCGUUGGGCUGUUGCACAACCGUCCUAUUGUCAACCUUAAAUCCGAAACCGAUAUUCAGAAAAUGCACGACAUUGCCCGCGAGGUUCGAGAUCUGCUCAUGGAAUUAGAUGGUGCGAUGAGCGGUGAACACGGUGACGGGCUCGUCCGCAGUGAGUGGAUAGAGAGCAUGUUCGGUCCGCAGGUAUAUCAAGCACUCGCUGAAGUGAAAAAAGCGUUUGACCCGAACGGGAUUAUGAAUCCGGGUAAAAUCGUUGACGCGCCAUCAAUGACAGAGAAUCUCCGCUUCGGUACAGAAUACAAUAGCAUUAAAAUUGACACUUACUUCGAUUUUUCCAGUCAAGACGGAUUUGGUGGAGCAAUUGAAAUGUGUAACGGUGUCGGUGCGUGUCGGAAGACACUGACUGGCACUAUGUGUCCCUCCUUUAUUGGCACACGUGAAGAGGAGCACUCGACACGUGGCCGUGCAAAUGCGCUCCGAUCAAUUAUUUCAGGUGCGUUGCCACACACGGAACUCACAGUCAACAACGGGCUUUCCAAAUGGUUUGCCGAGAAACUCAUCGGUAUCGAUCGGCGGCGUGAUAUGCCGACUUUCGUCCGUCCUACCUAUGACAUGGUUCCGAAGCGAAAGUCCCGACGAACAUCGGACAAGAAGGUCGUCCUCUUUUCCGAUACGUUUAUGAACUACAGCGAACCCUCUAUCGGUAAAGCUGCGGUGGAGUUGCUUGAAGCGUGUGGAUUUGAGGUGUUGUUGCCUGAGAAGAUAGUGUUGUGGACGACCUCUUAUCUCGGAGUGGAUGCUUGA